CGCUCCGCCCCAUGCCGCGCCCCGGGACCGGGGCUCAGCGGCGGGGAAGGGCGGCGGGCAGCGGCUCUCCCGGGGCCCCGAGGAGCUCCCCCUGGCCGCACGGAGCGGCAGCGGGGCCCCGCGGGCGGAGCCGGCAGGCUGGGAAUGGAGCACACGGUUUGGAUGUCAGCAGUGGGAUAUUUGACCAGAACAAAGCAUCCCUAGGACCCCUGUCUAAUCAAUGGCUUCUAAGUGCAGGAGCUGUUAGCCUGGAAACAAGCCCUAAAAGAUGCCAGGUGAGGUGCUUGAGAGCAGCAGUGGGAUGGAGGAGACGGUGCAGAAAGAGAGCAAGUCUGGGACCCACAGCCCUCGCCACAGCUCCGUGAGGAAGGCGGUGGCAACCACGGUCACCUUUGAUGGGGAAGCCACUAUGGACCGGAGGAAAAAGAAGAAGAAAGAGUCCCGUCCCGAGUCAGUAAUAGUGUAUCGAUCGGAGAAUGAGAAUAAGGUGGAAGAGGAGCAGGCAGAUGAAGAAGGAGGGGAGAGGAACUCUGAGGAAGGCUCAAAGUUUCUGGGUCAGUCCACGACAGACGGUGUCUGGAACAUGCCCUUAGACAGCCGAUACGUCACUUUGACUGGAACAAUCACCAGAGGAAAGAAGAAGGGUCAGAUGGUGGACAUCCACGUCACACUAACGGACAAAGAGCUGCAGGAACUGACUAAGUCAAAGGAACCUCCUAAAGAAGAUGUACUUGAGAAGAAAAAGAAAUGUGAUGUUGGGCUGGACAGGGGACCCCACAUCGUCCUCUGGACCAUCAUCUGCCUCCCCGUUAUUUUUGUGGUGUCCUUUGUGGUUUCAUUCUACUAUGGAACCAUUACAUGGUACAACAUUUUCUUGGUAUACAAUGAAGAGAGGACCUUCUGGCACAAAAUCACCUUCUGCCCCUUUUUAAUCAUCUUCUACCCAAUUAUAAUCAUGGUUGUGUCUUUUUCCCUAGGCCUGUACUCAGCUGUGAGCCAGGUAUCAUGGUCCUUUGGGGACUGGUGGCAUGCUGUCAGGGAUAUGGAAAAGGGCUUCUGUGGCUGGCUCUGCAGCAAGCUGGGUUUGGAGGAUUGUUCUCCGUACAGCAUUGUUGAGCUGCUAGAUUCUGAUAAUAUCUCAGGUAGUCUCUCUGGUAAGAGCUCUGCACAGGGCGUUGAGACUUCAGCAGUCUGAGCCUUUGUCCUGACUAUUUUGGUCAUAUGUGAGUGGUUUUCAUCUAGAAAAUAACACGCUGAUUUUAUAUAUGUAUAUAUUUAAACACAAAUAAAAUAUCAGGCUGGGAGUGCUCUUUAAAUGUCACAGAAUGCAAGUGUGCUAGCUUCACAUUGUGUUUGUGGGGAGGUGCAUGGCUCUCCAGUGAUUUGGCAUCUGUUUUAGCUAAUUACAACUUUGGGGAAUAGUGGGAAAACCCAGGUCUGUGGGGCUCAGGCUGUUUUGCAGGUGACAGAGGUGUAUGCUGAAAAGACUACUUCUAUAAAGUCAGACUUCACUUUUAGAGAAUAGGACAUAAUAGAGACCUGUCAACCCAGCGAAAAGAAGUCUUUGUGCAGGGGAUGAACUUCAGGAGAUCAGAAACUCAUCCAUAAUGGAAGGACAAAUUGCAAGAUUUGUGAUGUUCCUGCAGUUUUCCUAGAAAGGAUCCUUUAUCAGUUCUUCCAAAAAAAAAAAAAAUGCAAAAAAACCUUUCAGGUAUGCUAACUGCUGAGAAAGUGUCAGUUUGAAAAAGCAGUGCACCACAGUAGUUGUGCCCGGCCUUCCAGUGGAAGAGGACAGCACAGCCUCUGACAAAGACACGAGAUCUGUGCUGACCUGAAACGCAUCCCACACGUCACUUGCUCAGCAAUGCUGCAUGUAGGUGCUGCACAUCACCAGGUGACUGUAGGUGCACACGUGUCCUUGGGACCUUCGAUCUCUUGUUGGAUGCACUCCUAUGAGGGAAUGGGCUACAGGAGUCUUAUGCAAGAGAACAGCUGGGAGUGUGAAGUGCAAACAGUUGCAAUGCUGAGAAGAAACACCUGCUGUGAGGCAGGGCAAUCAUUUUGGGUGUCACCGCAAUGUAUGUGUGGUUUGGUGGCACCUCAGUUUAGGAAGGUGGCAUUGAAGAUGCUUGAGAUGGGAAAGUCUCACUGAAAUGGUCAUUCCAUCUUUCAAGCUGCUGUUACGGAGGAGAUGCUGAACCAUCCCAUGUAGAAUGGGGCAUCCUUGAGCCUGAACCUCUUAGCACCAGUGCAAACUGUAUCAGUGCCUCCGCUCCAGAAAUCUGCUCCACCGCCCCCUGCCUCCUGCUUAAUUACAUGGAAGAGCAACAGAUUGUAUAUCCUCCUCCCAUCAUGUCUCAUUUUCGUAAUUUACUUCCCACCUUCUGGGAAUUUGCGUGGCAUCUUAGUGGGCUCCCAGGCCAGGCUGAGGUGGCCACCAUAGGCCAGAGAAAUUUUAAUUGUUUAAUUGCUACAUAUCACGUUUCAAGGACAAUCUCAAGGCCAUCCUGAUUAGGACAUUUGGGAGCUUGCGAUGGAUGAACAAGUCCAUUGGAUGCUCUGAGCCUGACACUGAGAAAUAAGUGAAGUUCCUGCUGCAUCCUUGGUCUAUCCCCUUCUGAGAUGUCCAGCCAAAGAAGCCUCUUAGCACUGGCUUGAGAAUUACCAGUGUGAACAGUGUGCGAGCCAAAUAUAAAGAGCUGGCUUGGCCCUGCAGUUUACCGACAAAGCAAAGGUGUCCCUGUGCUCAGGUACAGCCAGGCUGCAUUUGCUGCUUCCUUAUGCGCAACUAUCAGUUUUUACUGACGGGGUCUCUAAAGGCAAUGGCCAACUUCCUGCAAAAAGAAAGAAAAAAAGUCCCCAGCCUGUGAGGCAACAGGAAGUAAUUCAGUGGGGUUCAAAGAUGACCUAUGCCACUGGGACCAGUUCACUGGGAAAAAGUUCAGAGGGUAAGAGUUCAGCUGUCACUGCCAAACAGCAGCUGUUCCAAGCUAAACGAAAGGCUGGGGCCAAUAGCACAAAGAGCCUUCAGCUUACAGAGGGUUUGAAUGAUAAGUACUAGCUAGUUACAGAGCGCAGCUAUGUGAAAUGUCUGCUGAGCUGCAGGAUUGCUUUCAGGCUUGCAAACAGCCUGCCAGAACCGAGACAAAACCAAAUCUGUGCCUCUUGCUACGUGAACACAAAGGAGCAUCAGAGGAGGUGUAUUGCCCCCUUCAGUCAUGGCAGCCGUGCUUCUGGGUAUAGCGAAAUGACUUGGAGUACACCUUUUGGGGGAUAAGCUGGAACAAUCCAUCAUGUGUUUUCUACUUUAUUACAUAUUCAACCAAGCUCGUCUCUUCCCGAUGAAAUCAGGGUGUUCUGCCACUGAUUUUGAUGGGAGCUACUUUAAGCUUGGGGUUAGUUCUGGUGCUAUUUUAAAAAGUUUUAUUCAGACUUUUCUCAAAACAACUCUGGAUAGCUUUCUUUCCUGCCUGUUCUCUUGGAGCUCUUUGCCUGCUGAAAAAUAUAUAGUCAUAAUCACUUGUUGUAAUAGAAGAAAGCACAAGUUUUUGUCUUGUUCUACCUUUGCUUUCAGAAACUCACAAAUAAUUUCUGCUUACAUGCCGCUGCCAAACUGCAGGGAAUACCAGUUACUUGAUUGUUGAGCGUGUUUCUGGCUGCUGUAGUCUGAAUGUUUUUUUUAAGUACAGAUAGUGUGUGUUUGCUGAUUGUUAUUUUUAAUUGCAUAUUUCCCCAUCCUUGCUGGCCUGGGUGGAGAAUAAAGAUGUACGUGGCUUAGAAGAGUGCA